AUGGCCGACGUCGACAUGGAGGAUCUCCCCCAGACGCCCCGCUCGGUCGCCGGCGACGACCCCGACCUCUCCCUGUUCUCCGGCGAGGCCGACCUCGCCGCGGCCAUCCUCGCCCGCCUCGGCGCCUCGCCGCGGGAGGACGACCAGCACCUCUGCGCCACCACUGCCUCCUUGGCGCAGACCGUCAGGGACAGCGGCGUCCCCGCCUCCACCGUCGCCUACUUCGGGGCGGCGGCCGCCGCGCUGGGCCCGCUCGCCCGCGCGGGGCCCGCGGCCGCCGACAGCCACGUCGCGGGCGCGCUCCUCGCGUUCCUCUCCGCGGCGAUCCCCGCGCUCCCGACCGCCGUGGUGCGCUCCCGCGGCCGCGAGGUCGCUGACGACGUGGCGCGCGUGCUCGAGUUCCCCUCCACGCCCGACUCCGGCGUGAGGGCGGGCGUGAGGUGCCUCGCGCGCUUGAUAUCCGCGGGAGACAAGUCCAGCUGGCAGGCGGUGGAGCCGCUCUACGCCGUGGUGCUACGGCUCGUCACCGAUGAUCGCCCCAAGGUGAGAAAUCAAUCUCAUUCUUGCUUGCGAGAUAUUCUCCUGAGUUUUCAGAGAAAAGCUAUUUUGGUUCCGGCAAGCGACGGAAUCGCAAGAUGUUUUGAACGACUUCUGCUGCUUGCUGGAGGAUCCAAUGAUGCAAACACUGGUUCAGCAGCAGAAGGACCCAAGGGGGCUAAGGAGGUCAUACAUAUGUUAGAUGCUCUUAAGGGCUGCCUUCCUCUCAUGGCAUCCAAGCCUUCCAAUACCAUCUUAAAGUAUUUUACAGCACUGUUGGGUCUGCGUCAACCAAUUGUGACAAAGAGUAUAUUGGAGAAUCUGCAUGCUGUUGGUGACAGCCCAACUGUGCAGCUUAAACCUGAUAUGCUAUUGGAUCUCAUGUGUUCUCUCGGGAUGUCAGUCUCCACUGAAAGAAAGUCAGGAGAUGAACUCGCUUCAAUUGCACGGCUUCUAAAUAUUGGCACUAGAAAAGUUUAUAGUCAGAAUAAGCACAUAUUUGUUGUAAAGCUCCCACUAGUGUUUACUUCACUUGGAGAUAUAUUAGCAAGUGAAUUUGAAGAAGCUAGAUUUUGUGCUGUGGAGACUUUCAAAGGAUUAAUAGAUAAUUGCAUUGAUGAAAACAUGGUGUCUCAGGGGAUCGACCAGAUUAAGGCUAGACAUCAAGGGGUGAGAUCUAACCCCACAGUCAUAGAGAAGAUAUGUGCUAUCCUGGAGGGCUUGCUAGAUGUACGCUGCAGUGAUGUAUGGGACAAAUCAUUUCAUGUAAUUUCAUUGGCAUUUGACACGUUAGGAAAAUCUUCAUCUGAUCUAUUGCCAGAAGCACUUAAGAACCUGGCAGACAUGCAGAACAUGUCUGAUGAUGACUUUUCUUUCCGGAAGCAGCUCAAUGCAUGUCUUGGUUCAGCAAUUUCUGCAAUGGGGCCAAAGAAUGUUCUUGAUAUUCUUCAUAUUCAGUCAAUAUCUGUUGAGAAUGAAUGGAUUCUCCCUAUUUUAGAAAGGCACAUUGUUGGUGCUAGUUUACAGUUUUUCUUGAGAGAUAUUCUGGGCAUCGUUAGAGCUGUAGAGAAGAGUAUUCCCAAGCUUUUGAAAGACGAUAAGCUUUUCUCCGCCAAGAGAGCAGAGGGUUAUGUGUAUUCACUUUGGUCUUUGUUACCAUCUUGCUGUAACUAUCCAUGUGAUACUUCAAGCAGCUUCAGAGUUCUACAAAAUGUUUUAUGUGACACUCUCCAAAACCAGCCUGACUUGCGUGGCAUCAUUUGUUCCAGUAUUCAGAUUUUAAUCAAACAAAACAAGGAAGCUUUGUCAAUCACUAACAAAGAGGACAUUCUUGUUGAUGCUGAAUUAAGCAAAUCUGAAAGAAGAGCAAAGGAACGCUAUACUAAAGAGUCAGCCGAGGAAAAUUUGAAAGAAAUACGUGCUUUCUCUUCAAAAUUCUUGGAGAUAUUAUGUUCUAUAUUCAUGUCAUCCUCAAAGGACGCUAUUGGAUUCUUACAGCCUGCGAUAAGUGAGAUAGCAUCCAUAUCAGACAAAGAUGUUGUGGGCAAGUUCUUCCUUGAUGCAAUAAGAAAGUUGCUGGAUGCCACAAAAGCUGUUAAUGCACAGCAAUUGAAUGACGGUUCAAUGCAGAUUGAAGAUAAUUCCAAUACAAAUAACAUGACAAGGGCCCUCCUUUUAGAAUUUGCAGCUUCAUUAAUGCCUGGAUUGGAUGCAAAGUCUAUCAAUGUGCUAUUCAGUUAUGUAAAACCUGCAAUUAAGGACAACGACUCAAUGAAUCAAAAGAGAGCAUACAAGGUCCUCUCAAUGUUACUUAAGGAUGCUGAAUUUAUUGAGAGGAAUUUAGAUGUCCUGUUGGAAUUGAUGAUUUCGUCGUUGCCAUGCCAAUUUCCAUCGAAGCGGUACAGGCUUGAAUGCUUGCAUCACCUUAUUGUUUACAUAUUGAAGGAUCCAUCGAAGCUUAGGAAGAGGGAAAUUGUUAGUUCAUUUCUCACUGAAAUACUUCUUGCCUUGAAGGAGGCUAACAAGAAAACCAGAGAUAGAGCUUAUGAUGUGCUUAUUGCAAUUGGCCACGCUUGUGAAGAUGCUGAAAAUGAUGGGAGGAAGGACAGCUUGCACCAGUUCUUUGACAUGGUAGCUGGUGGUCUAGCUGGUCAAACUCCACAUGCGAUUAGUGCUGCUGUGACUGGGUUAGCUCGCUUGACCUAUGAGUUCUCAGAUCUUAUUGGAGUAGCUUACAAGCUCCUCCCCUCGACUUUUCUCCUUAUGCAGAGGAACAACCGAGAACUUGUCAAAGCCAACUUAGGCUUUAUCAAAGCAUUGGUGGCUAGAUCUAAAGCUGAUGUGCUUCAUGAGCACUUGAAGGGAGUCGUUGAGGGUUUGUUGAGCUGGCAAAGUGAUAAGAAGAAUUCUUUGAAAGCGAAGGUCAAGUCACUUGUUGACAUUCUCGUGAAAAAAUGUGGUUUAGAUGCAGUAAAAGCUGUAAUGCCCGAAGAACAUAUGAAAUUGCUCACCAAUAUCAGGAAGAUUAAUGAGCGUAAAAUGAGGAAGGGCAAUUCGUCUGAAGAUGGGGAGGCUAUGUCCAUGGCCUCAGGAGCUACAAGGCAAAGUGGAUGGAAUCACACACAGAUGUUUUCUGAUUUUGGAAGCAACGAUGAAGACUCGAAUGGUCCCUUAUCCAAGCAGCAUACUGUAGCUUCUCGUAAUAAUGGAUCAAAAGCUUCAACACGGUCGAACCGAAAGCGUCAAGAUAAGAACUUGCAGGAAAAGUUCAUUGAUCACUCGACUGGUGAACCCCUAGAUUUACUUGACCAGAAGACAAUGCGGUUGGCUCUCAAAUCGACAGGAAAAAAGAGGGCUGCACCUGAUGACGACGACGACGACGAGAUUGAGAUGGACCCUGAAGGCCGUAUGAUCAUUCGCGAAGAACGGGAAUGGCGUAAAAAGAAACCCGUCGUCUCGCAUGAGGAGGAGGCUGAUGACAAGACCUCUGUCAGAAGCCAGUCGGUGAAGAGGAGGAAGGUGGCCAGCACUGGCUGGUCCUACACCGGCCAUGAGUACACCAGCAAGAAGGCCGGUGGUGAUCUCAAGAAGAAAGACAAGAUGGAGCCGUAUGCUUACUGGCCUUUGGAUCGUAAGCUGCUCAACCGCAGGUCGGAUCGCAAGCAGUCCGCCCGGAAGGGCAUGGCCAGUGUCAUGAAGAUGGCGAAAAGGUUUGAGGGGAAGAGCGCUUCGGGUGCCCUCGCAGCCAAGAGGACACAAAAACACAAGCAGAAGAAGAACAAGUGA